AUGGAUUCUGCAAAAAUUUUCGCAAGGAGUUUUUCAUAUACAUAUACUCCUUCAAUAAUGCUUAUUAGCAGGAGACUUCAGCGAACAAUAGUCGGUAAGGAUAUGAAAGUCAUGUUCCUAUCGCUUACCAAUUUGAACCCUUUUUCCACUACACGAUCUUUUUGGUCUCAACCUAAGAUUUUUUACUUAAAAUCUCUACAAAAUUCUCAACAACUUACGUCACAUCAAAAAUUACACUUUUCAAAUAAAAGUCCUUUCGCAUUACCAAACGAAUUGCGAUUACUUAGAAAUGCUCAAGUUUCAAAAGAAUCGGUCAAGGGCACAAUAGAGAAUGAACAUAUAAAACACAAAGUUGCUAAAGAGGAGUCAAGUAUAAAUAAAGAAAAUACUUCUACCGCUACCAUAUAUAAAAAAAAAGCCUUAAUUACACGUAUCAAAGAUGAAUUCAUUCAUUAUUGGCACGGUACAAAACUGUUAGGAUUAGAAAUUAAGAUUUCAACCAAGCUCUUGUAUAAAUUAUUAAAGGGACAAAAGUUCACGCGUCGAGAACAAAGACAGCUUAGACGUACUACACAAGACUUGGUUCGACUUGUCCCAUUCUUAGUUUUCAUAGCUGUCCCUUUUAUGGAAUUUUUAUUACCAAUAGCAUUAAAAUUGUUUCCUAAUAUGUUACCUAAGAUGGCUAAAUUUUUACAAGAAACGAUUGCUGAAACAGGAACCACUGGAUCGAAAAGCGCUGAGGCCACGAAAGAAUUUACAGAAUUUUUCCGAAAGGUUCGUUCUACUGGAGAGCAAGCUAGUACCGAAGAUCUGCUUCGUAUAGCCAAUAUUUUCGAAGAUGAAUUAACGUUGGAUAAUUUAUCACGCCCUCAAUUGGUUAGCAUGUGCCGUUAUAUGAAUCUAAAUGCUUUUGGCACAGAUAAUUUCUUGAGGUACCAGAUUAGAAAUCGAAUGAGGAGUAUUAAGGAAGAUGAUAAGAUGAUAAUGGCUGAAGGGGUCGAAUCAUUGACCAUCCCAGAACUACAACAUGCGUGCCAGUCGCGUGGAAUUAGGACGAUUGGAGUUUCACCAGCACGUUUACGCAGUGAAUUGAGUCAAUGGCUGGAUCUUCAUUUAAAUCAUAAAGUACCUUCUACUUUAUUAAUCUUAUCUCGUGCUUUUAGUUUUGCAGAUCGAAAUGAAUUGGCAAACCAAGCUGAAGCUCUUCAAGCAACCUUGAAUAGCUUGCCAGACAAUCUUGUCAAUGAAGCUGAAUUGCAAGUUUCAGAAGCGGAUGGUGCAGCUACAUACAAGCAAAAACUUGAAAAAGAGGAAGCUGCAAGACGAGCUCAAAAAGAGGCAGAAGAAGCUGCCAAGGAAGCUGCCCUUGCUGAACAAUUACUUAGUGACGUUCAAGUUCCUGAGGAAGAUGUACGCAUGACAGAAGAGCAACUUCAAGAACUUCGUGCUGCACUUUCGAUUCUUUCUUCGAAAUCGGCAGUGCUGGAAGAAAGGGAAGCAUUAAAUGAAAUUAAGGUCGAUCGCGAAGAAUAUAAAGAGGAUAUUCAAGAGUUAAAAGAAACCGGAAAGCAUACAGAAUCUAAAGUUCAGCAUCGUCUUGGAGAACGGUUAGAAAAAAUGAUUCAAAAGAUUGAUAAAGAAUUGGUGCAGUAUGAUAGUGAAGUUGGGUCAAAAUUAAAUAUUAUUCAAGCCAAUGAAAGUGGACAAAUAAGUGUUCAUGAUUUGGAAGAAGCAUUAAGAGUUAUUAAACAUACACCUGGUGAUAAUGAGAGAAUCAAAAAAAUUGUGAAAAAACUGGAUGUAGAUGGUGAUGGAUUGGUAUUUUUGGAUCAUAUUUCCGAGCUAUGUACAGAAGGAGAAGGUUUAGGUGUAUUAGUAGAAAGAGAACUUGAAAGUAAUAAAGAAGAUAAAGUAAAAAAACCAAAAAAGGAGGACAUAGUACAAACAUGA